AUGAUGCUGCAAAUUUCUAGAUUAUUUUUUUGUAAACAAAUAAUUCCCAAGCCAUUAGGAGUUCAAUGCAGGAACUUGCACAAGAAAUCCAUCGAUGUGACAUGGGAAAAACCAGAUAUCGGGUGGACAAAGUUAAACUACGACGGAUCCUGCAAAUGCAAGACGGGAAAAUCAAGCAUCGGAGGGAUUUUCAGGAACCAUAACGCUGAAUUCUUACUCGGAUAUGCCGAAUCAAUUGGGAAUUCCAACAGCAUGAUUGCAGAAUUUGCUGCUCUUCGAAGAGGCCUCGAGUUAGUACUCGAGAAUGGUUGGAACGACAUAUUGCUUGAAGGAGACUCCAAGAGUCUAGUUGACAUAAUUGCACGAAAAAAACCAGUAAAAUGCGUAGAAGUGCAGAAGCAUGUUACGCAUAUAAAUUCGAUGAUGCCAGAAAUUCGAAACUGUAUUUUAACACAUAUUUAUAGAGAAGGCAAUAGGGCUGCCAAUAAAUUUGCACAAAUGGGACACAAUUUGAAGAACCCUCAAAUUUGGCGGGACAUUCCUCGAAAUGAAGUUCUUCGAUGUAUUGUGCUUCAAGAUGCUCGAGGCAAAACGUUUCUUCGAAGAAGAUAA